CAAGAGCGUGGCUGCAGUGAACUAGAAGCGGUAUGAUGAUAAACAAGACUCAAUCAGGAGAACCGACUACUUCUGGACCGAAGGAUGAGCCGCUUUCUGAACGUGUUGAGGAGCUGGCUUCUGAUGGUGUCUGUGAUCGCGGUGGGGAACACCGUCCAGAGCUUCAGAGAUCACAGCUUUCUGUCCGAGAAACUCUACACGGGCUCUCCUGAUUAUGUAAACGGUCUUCAGGCGAGGACUUUCGGCAUCUGGACGCUCCUGUCCUCCAUCAUCCGCUGUGCCUGUGCCAUAGACAUUCAGAACAGAACGCUUUAUCACAUCACCCUGUGGACGUUUGUUCUGGCUCUCGGUCACUUCCUCUCUGAAGCGUUCAUCUACAGAACCGCUCCUCUGACCAUUGGAGUGAUGGCUCCUCUGAUUGUAGCAGGUUUCUCCAUCGUGGGCAUGCUGAUUGGUUUCCAGUGUAUCGUUGAGCCUCAGGAAGCAUCAGGAGCCCGACAGAAGAAGAGAAAUUAAACUUAACAUCACUCUCUGAGGGAGGCACGGUGGCCUCACAGCUAGGUCGCUGACUGGGUCAGUUGGUGUUUCUGUGUGGAGUUUGCAUGUUCUCCCAGUGUUGGUGUGGGUUUCCUCAGGGUGCUCCGGUUUCCUCCACAAGUCCAAACACAUGUGCUAUAGUGGAAUUGAUUAACUAAAUUGGCCGUAGUGUAUGAGUGUGAAUGAGUGUGUAUGGGUGUUUCCCAUGAAUGAAUCACUUUCUACUCCUGAAGUCACCAAACAUCAUAUUUACAGCGCUGAACGUGGGUUAAUAUGAGCUUUGAGUUAUUCUCAUCAUUACUUUAGCAGAGCAGCGAUGGAAAACAACAGCUAUGAGUUUAUACAGUGGUAUGAAUGCAGACUUGCGUUCUCCAUCGCAGCUCUGGAAAUGUAGUGUAGCUGUAUUUAUACUUGUUUACAAAAUGAAUGUCAAGCAGAAGCCAUUAAAUGAGAACAUCAGUCGUACAUUAGCGUUUAUUACUGGCGGUCAUUUCACUGUUGAACACAAGAGAAGAUAUUUAGACGAAUGCUGGAGACCUGUAACUAUUGACUAACCGUUGUUUAAUGGAUUACACAUACAGUACGUGACACUUUGAUUAAUGUUCAAUAAUAUCAUGCACGAAACACACACCCACAGAUUGUAUUGUGUCCUUUUACUGAACUAGUAUUAGAUAUCAUUGUUUAUUGUUCAAUGUGAGAGUUAAAUUACUCCAACAAUUUCUAGAUCAUCUACAACAAUCCAUUUUGCUGAGAUAAUGAGAACUUUAAAUAUGUUUAAGUAGGAACAUUUAAAAAACUAAACAUUGAGAAAUAUUUAAUGAUGGGUAACACUUUAGCUUCAGGACCAACUCUUACUAUUAACUACCGGCUUUAUGACCUGCCUAUAAUUAAGAUAUUGUCUGUUUAUUACUAUUAAUAAAGUAUAAUCUUAUUCAACACCCCUAAUCCUAUCCAGUAUCUAAACCCAACUACAUCCUUAAAGGGAUAGUUCAUCUAAAAAUGACACAUCCUUUGUGUUUCAAGCCUUUAUGUGUUUCUUUCCUCCGCUAAACGCAAAAGAAGAUAUUUUGAAAAAUGUUGAAAACCUGUAACCAUUGACUUCCAUAGGAUUUAUUUUUUCUAUUAUGGAGUCAUCUUUUUCCAAAAUAUCAACAGAAUAAAGAAACUCAUAAAGGUUUAAAACCACUUGAGGGUAAGUAAAUGUAGACGUUUGGGUGAUCGAUCCCUUUAAUAGCUGUUAACUAGGAGUGAAGCCGCGGUCACACUGGAAUUGAAGCACUGUGAAAAGGGGCGGGAUUAAACAGGAUGAUUAGACAUUAAAUAAAGUGAGCGGAUUUAUUUAUAUUUUCUCUAUAUUUUACAUUUCUGUCCAGAACUGUCAUGUUGUGACCUUUGAUUGGUCUUACGCGAUCACAUGAUGCAAUUCCGCAGGUCAGAGUUCACCAAGCUUGUCGCACGAGCUUGUGUCUCUGGUCUGUGUAUGAAUGGAAGUCUAUGGGAGUCCAGUGUGACCGCGGCUUAACUAUGACUAGGGGUCAUAAUUAAUUUUUAUUAAUAGAGAGAAUUGAACCUAAAAUUGAAGUGUGACCUAAAUUAAAACCUAAUUAAACAGCAGAUAUCUUAGAGCAAAUGUUCUCUGAGUGUUCCUAGAAGAACUUUGGUUGUGUUGUUUGCUAGUUGAACUCAGAAAACAGCAGAGCUAAAAAUCUGCACUGUACUCCCUUCCAGAGUUGCUGAAUUAGCUUGUUUUUAAAUAGCUCUUGCUAUUAUGAGCCAUAAUAAAUGAAUAAAGCUAAAUAAAUGAGUUUUUUUGUGAUGUCUUUGGUAGUAAAUCAUCCAGUUAAGAGGUUUCAGCAGUAUGUCCCGUACAGAUUUAAUAUUUCAUUAAAUACUUUGUCAUUUACACUAAAUUUCAAUAAAUCUGUUGAUUUUGGAUCAGA